AUGGGCUCCGUAACAGACAAUACGGUUCCGACCUACACAAUUAUCCACGCCGAUGGACUUUACGAGGAUGACCGCGUCGAGCAUGAGAUCUUCCGACCGUCCAAGGACUCCCCCGAGUACAAAGUCAACUACUCACAGGUCAACCUCCGUCCAGCUGGUACCACGGUUUCCAAGCCCUGGUCGAGCAUCGACAAGUCUCUCCGCGAUCAGGUCGACGGCAUCACGUUGCUGAUGUUGACCUUCACAGCGGAAGACUUGAAACUAUUCCCGCGGCUGAAAGUCCUCGUCCGCAUGGGCGUCGGCUACGACGGCGUCGACCGCCUCGCCCUCGCCGCGCGCAACGUAACCCUCUGCAACGUCCCCGACUACGGCACGGCGGACAUCGCCGACCACGCGCUCGCCCUCGCCCUCACGCUCCGGCGCGGCAUCGCGCUGCACCACGACCUGCAACGCGCGUCGCCCAAACCCGCGCCCUUCACGGCCAUCCCAUCGCCGCUGAUCUCGCGGCUGCGCGGCGCGACGUUCGGCGUCGUCGGCCUGGGCGCGAUCGGCAUGGCGACGGCGCUGCGGGCGAAGGCGUUCGGGUGGGACGUGCUGUUCUUCGACCCGGGGGUAGCGAGCGGGGUGGAGCAGAGCCUGGGGGUGCGGCGGACGCGGGACGUGAAGGAACUCUUUCGGCAGAGCUCGACGGUCAGCUUGCACUGUCCGCUGACGGCGCAGACGCGGGGGAUGGUCGGGGACGAGUUGUUGGGGUUGAUGCCGCGCGGGGCGGUGCUGGUGAAUACGGCGCGCGGGGAGAUUGUGGAUCUGGAUGCGGUGGAGAAGGGGUUGAGGGAUGGGCGGUUGGCGGGCGCGGGGCUGGAUGUUUUGCCCGAGGAGCCGAUUCCGGAGGAUGAGAGUAGGGUGCAUCCGUUGCUGAAGGCGUAUCGGAGGAGGGAGGAGUGGUUGGUGGGGAGGCUGGUUAUCACGCCGCACGCGGCUUGGAAUUGUCCGGAGAGUGUGGAGGAUGUGAGGGUGAAGAGUGCGGAGACGAUGCGGGAUGUUUUGAUAAAGGGGCAGCGUGUCAAUGUUAUACCGCCACCUCCGCCUCAAUAA